AUGCGCAUCAGCUAUCUGGCUGUUUCUGCUUCGCCGAAGUCUGAAACACACACAAAUGGACUUGAUGAAAAGACUAACCACAACAUCAAGAGAGCUGUAAUGAAGUUGGUCAAUGACCAGCAGAACAACUGGGACACGUUCCUGGAUGCCACCCUGUUCUCCUUAAGGUCCAAAGUGCACACCUCGACAAAACACACGCCGUUCCAGCUCAUGUAUGGAAGGGAGGCUGUGUUCCCCUCAGAGGUGCCUGUAGAUUUUCCUCUUUCUAUAGUGCUUCCAGAUGAGGAUGACAUCAACAAAUUCAAGAAAGGACACUCGAGGGGUCACAUUGGCUGUCAGAUGAAGUCAUUGAUGCUUAUCUUCAUGUGCUGGUGGACAAAGAAGAGAAACCUGUUUGCCAUCUCACUGCAGUGGUAG